GACGAAUUUCCUCCUCUUGGAGUGGAAAAAGAACUCGUUUCCGAUGCCCAAAUGUCGGCCUCGUCCACUUCUGAUUCAGUGAAGGCGAGUGCUAGCAAUGGUCGCCUAAACUUUAACAACGCUUGGUGCUCGGCAACCUUCAACGAGGAACCUCUGUUUCUUCAGGUUGAUCUUAAUGAGAUGCAUAUCAUUACAGCGAUCGCGUCUCAGUCACGCAACACGGAUGAGGGCAUCUUUGAAAGCGUGACGAAGUACAAGUUGGGUCAUUCUGAGGAUGGAGCGAGUUGGAACAUUUAUCAGCAAAAUGGAGUUAACAAGGAGUUCCUCGGCAACGUAGUCGAGGAUAUUAUAACAAAGCAUCACCUGGCCAUUCCAGUGAAGGCACGACUCGUUCAGUUUCAACCUGUAGAAAUGUUGUCCUCUGUGUGCAUGCGCGUAGAGCUUUAUGGAGAAAAAUCUGCUGCGGAAAAUACUGGUAAAUGCAUUGGAUUUUAUAUUAUUUAGUGGCCAUUGAACGCCCAACCUGACUUUUGAAGGCGGAAGGGGAAAG